AUGUGGAGUGAGCAGCCCGUGCCGGAGGCGAUGGCGCGGUCGCCUAGCCGUGAGUCGUUCGGCACCGACCUGUCGCUCCUGUCGCUGUCGAGCCUGGGUUCGGAGAGAGUGCGCGCGAGGCGCUGCCUUCUACAGGUGCCUGGUGAGCCACAGCGGCGGCCCCUUUCUGGCGAGGUGCUCAUCGAGGAGGAGGCUACGGCUCCGCUCGUCAAGAGCUUCAGCACCGCGGACAUCGUGCAGGCCACAGCCGCUGAGCCCCUGCGUGCCAGUGUUUCCGAGCUGGCGCUCGCCGAGCUCCCGGCGCGCCUCGAGUCGCGCUCUUGCUCCACCUGGGUCGCUGUUGGCGACAUCGCCUCACAGCUGCCCUCGCCACAGGCCUCGGAGGCAGCUCUGGCACCUGCUGACCUUGUCCGCUCGGUGAGCACCAAGGUGCGGCAGAUGUACAUCCGGCGACGGCUCCUGUCCACGUACCGAGCACUUGAAAGGCUCACGAAGAGCGAGUUGGAUGUCAGCGGCACGGUACCGCGCGUGCACGUCACCACCGACGCCAAGCUCACCGUGCGCGAUGUGCAGCGUGACCGUGGCAAGCCGCUCACCAAGUACGAGCGCAACAUGAUGAUCUUCGACUGGCUUCAGAACCUCGACCAGUCCUAGUUGUUAGCGCUAUACGAACUGAUGAGGUGUGUGGGACCUAGUGGAAGAAAGAAUCGAUGUGCUUUAAUUCAAUCAACGAGCCGCGCGACUCUUCAAACGGAUUAAGUAUUCAAAUGCCGGCGAAGGAGAUCUGAAGGCUUCAGUUCAAGUGGCACCGAGAGAUGCUGCUGGUGAUGCACACUAUGCUGGUGGCUUGGCCGUUUGCCAAGGCUUGCAGUUGGAAUCCCGAAAUCAUUUCCAUGCAUGCGUGUAGCCCCGCUGGCCUGCACGUUUUGGUUUCACAUUGAAACCCACUGGAGCAGCUAUUCAUGAAUGUCUAAAGAAGACUCUAUAUUGAUAUAUACCGACGCCUUUGAACCAGUCAAAUGCAAAGAACGAAUCGAUCGGUAAAUUUAUUCAACAUAACAAAACAUUUCGUUCAGUGCUUCGUAAGCUGACCCCUUUUGGCUUGGUGGUGCUCCUAAAGACCAGAAAGCGUAUCGUGCUGCCAAGGACGCGCCCAGAUAAUCUAAACGUAGCAAACGACAUUUUUGUCUAUCGCCUAACUGUGGUCAUUGUGAUGGACGAACCCGGCAUUUACACCAAAGCAAGCACCACAAAAUUCCCGGCUUCGUCCUGCGAACAAAAAGCUGCGGACUGAGAAGUGAGCGGUAGUUUUUGGGGUCAUGAGGGCUUCAUGUUGUUAACGCUUUCCUGCUGUCCGAACUCCCGACAUGUACAGCUACGCUAAUGAUGUUCAUUGGAUCGCUAUUGACAAGCCGUAGUUAUGAAAGCCGGUGAUGUAGAACGUCCCGCAAGUAACAACCGUCAUUUUCCCUAUAUUCAACUAGACACGAAUUAGUGAGGACGGUGACGAAUGAGCAAUUUUGGAUACUUUUAAGCACAAAGUAUUGCAGGCCGUGAAAACCAGGUCAGCGGAACGAGCACGACCUCAUGGCGUUUCCUCAAACAUUUUUUUUUGUAAUCGGCCUUGCGGUAUAGGCCGCGAGAUCGAGCAGAGUCGGCACCUAGCGGCGAGCGGACGAAACCCUGUGGUGUGGAUGGGUCCUUGCGUCGUCUGCUAGCCACACCGUGUUCGCAUGUGUGCGUACGCCAUGCACGUCCUCAGAGAACAGCUUGUUCCGUUGUGCUAGCACAGUAUGAAACGCUUGUAGAACGUAUGCUUACAUGAUAUACAUAAGCACUUCGCCUUCCGAGACUUGGAUUUCCUAGGCGAUGCGCUUAUGGUAGGGAAACGCUACAAAGAACACGCUACACUGCACACAGGACACACUUUAACAGAACGAGCGCAAACUGGUUUCUUUUUCAUGCGUCGUCGACAUAAAUAAAAAUUCAAGCAGGAGAUAAUUUUAUUGGUGGCUCACUGACGCAUGUUUCGGCGCCCUGAGAUUACAUGUGUGCGGCUUCGUAAACUAUUCUCUCCCUGUCGUCUUUUAUCCACUUCAUAAUUGUUUUUUUAACUGAGGUACGCAUGUACAUUGGUUACAGUGGGUAACUAAAGUUGACAAUU